UCCCAAAAGCCCUAAGUGACAGCACUAGUAGGGUUUCAAUGGUGUGGACGACGAGGCGCUCGCCAGGUACACAAUGAGAAUGCUGUGAAGAGUCGCGGCGCCGAGCUGAAGAGAAGGAGGCGAUCUCUCUGAGGGAGAUGGCUCUAAUCGCGCUGAAUUGCAAGUACGUGACGAGCGAGCACAUCCGGGAAUGGAAGUCGACGAAUGCCGCGACUAAGAUUCACGCUGCUGUUCCUCCGGAUCGAUUUAUCUACGAGCUCUGCUGGACGAUGGUCCGAGGAGACCUGCCACUUAGUAAAUGCCGAGUAGGCCUCGAUGCUGUGAAUUUUCUGGAGUCGACUCUUAAGGAAGAUAUCGCUUCCAAUUUUGCCGAUGCUAUUGCUCACAUGAGCUUAGAGCUCACUGUACCUGGGGAAUUUCGAUCGCGGCUUGUCGACCUUGCGAAAUGGCUUGCGGAAUCUGGUUUGGUCCCUGUUCGUCUCUUCCAAGAGCGCUGUGAGGCUGAGUUCUUGUGGGAGGUGGAAAUGAUCAAGAUCAAAGCUCCGGAUUUGAAGUCGAAGGAGGUUAGAGUGAAUACACGACUGUUAUACCAACAGACGAAGUUCAAUCUGUUGCGGGAGGAGAGUGAAGGAUAUGCAAAGCUGCUAACUCUCUUGAAACAAAGUGGAAGUGAUAGUUCUCAGAGCAGUUCUGCUGUCGCCAGCUCUAUCAAGUCUCUUAUCGGGCACUUCGACCUCGAUCCCAAUAGAGUUUUUGACAUUGUUUUGGAGUUUUUUGAAUUACAUCCUGAGAACACUUCCUUUAUUGGCUUGAUGCCACUUUUUCGAAAGUCUCAUCUUUGUCAUAUUCUUGGUUUUAAGUUUCAAUACUAUCAACGUCCUGAGAUUGAAGAACCAGUGCCAACUGGUCUUUAUAGAUUGGCUGCGACUCUAGUGAAGGCUGACUUUGUUGACCUGGAUAGCAUAUAUGCUCAUUUAACACCUAAAGAUGAAGAAGCUUUUGAACAGUACGAGGAAAUUCUUAAGAGGCGCAUGGAGGAGGCGAACAGAAUAGGAAAGAUAAAUCUUGCGGCGACUGGAAAAGAUCUCAUGGAGGAAGAGAAACCCGGAGACGUAAACAUUGACCUUUAUGCCGCAUUAGAUGGCGAGGUUGAAGCAACAGCUGAGCGGGUAAUGGAGCUUGUAACGAAUCAAAAGCUGGGGCUGCUUGAUGGGUUUCUGACAGUCGACGAUUGGCAUCACGCAAACAUCCUGUUCGAGCGUCUAGCUGCUCUUAAUCCGGUUGCGCACGAGCGAAUAUCGAGCGGGUUGAUAAGGAUUAUAGAAAACACUAUUGCACCAAUCUACAAUCGUCUUCGACCUUCGUACUUUUCAAAGUUGAACCAAGAGGUUUCUACCCGAAAAGCUCCUGUGACGGAGCUUAGGAAGGAACUCUUUCAAAUGCUUUCUUGGAUUGGUCCAUACCUAUAUCGAGAUGUAAUUCUUUUACAGAAGGUUUGUAAGGUUCUUAGAGGAUAUUAUUCUUCGGCUGUGUCUGCUGUUAAUUCUACGCGCUCUCAAGAAGCUGAGCACAAAGAUGCUAGGGCAGCUCUCAAGGAAGCACGUCUGAAGGUUGAGGAAGCAUUAAGCGCUUGCUUACUUCCAUCAUUACAGCUUUUACCAGCUAAUCCAGCUGUCUGCAUUGCCAUAUGGGACGUUCUGAGUUUACUUUCGUAUGAGGUCCGAUACCGAAUAUAUGGUGAAUGGGAAAAAGAUGACGAAUCAUUCCCAAUGCUUUUGGCUGCUCGUCAGACUGCUAAGCUGGACACAAGACGCAUAUUAAAAAGGCUUGCCAAGGAAAAUUUGAAGCAACUGGGACGACAGGUUGCCAAGCUUGCCCACGCAAAUCCGUUAACUGUCCUUAGAACCAUUGUCCAUCAGAUUGAAGCAUACAAAGAUAUGAUUGCUCCUGUAGUUGACGCUUUUAAGUACCUCACUCAGCUCGAGUAUGACGUCCUAGAAUACGUGGUGUUGGAGCGCCUAGCUCAAGGCGGCCGCGAGAAGCUUAAGGAGGAUGGAUUAAAUCUCUCAGAUUGGCUUCAAUCUCUGGCAUCUUUCUGGGGUACUUUAUGCAAAAAGCAUCCUUCAAUGGAACUACGUGGCCUGUUUCAGUACCUUGUCAAUCAGCUAAAGAAGGGUGAUGGCAUAGAACUUGUUGUACUACAGGAAUUGAUGCAACAAAUGGCCAACGUAGAAUACACUGAAAAUGUUACUGAAGAUCAACUGGAAGCCAUGUCCGGCGGCGAGACCUUACGGUAUCAAGCUACAGCAUUUGGGUUGGUUAGGAACAAUAAGGCGUUUACUAAAUCCACUAAUAGGCUGCGGGACGCCCUACUUUCCAAGGAAGAGCCCAAACUAGCACUUCCGUUGGUACUGCUCAUUGCUCAACACAGAUCUAAUAUCGUAACGAAAUGCAAUGCACCACAUAUUAAAAUGGUCAGCGAGCAGUUCGAUAGAUGUCACGGCGCGCUCUUGCAGUACGUGGAAUUUCUGUAUGUUGCUGUGACUCCGUCCACGGCUUAUGCUCAACUCAUGCCAUCGCUUGAUGAACUUGUACACAAGUAUCUUAUAGAACCGGAGGUGGCUUUCCUCAUUUAUAGACCGGUCUUGGGACUCUUUAAAACGCCAAAAGGGUCAGAUACAAGUGGGCAGAUUGAUGAAAGCCAAUCUUCUAAGGAUCUGGUACUGGAGUUGCCACAUCGAAAAGCAAUAACGUGGACUGAUCUUCUUUCGACUGUCCAUACUAUGCUACCUCUGAAAGCCUGGAACAGCCUCUCGCCGGAACUUUACCUCACAUUUUGGGGUCUAUCGUUGCACGAUCUAUACGUUCCUAGACAACGUUACGAACUUGAGAUUGCAAAGCAACGGUCUUCGUUGAGAGCGUUGGAGGAGAGCUCUGACAACUCUUAUGCUGCAAUCACAAAGCGGAAGAAAGAUAAGGAGAAAAUACAGGAAGUCCUUGACAGAUUGUCAUCAGAGUUGCAGAAGCAAGAGCAACACGUGGCUACUGUUCAGCAACGUCUUUUACGUGAGAAGGAUUCUUGGCUGACCUCAUGCCCGGAUAGCCAAAAGAUCAACAUGGAGUUCUUGCAACGCUGCAUUUUUCCAAGAUGCGUAUUCAGCACGAUCGAUGCUGUUUACUGUGCUAGGUUUGUUCAAAACCUUCACUCGCUUGGUACUCCAUUCUUCAACACUGUCAACCACAUCGACUGUCUCAUAUGUAAAACGCUGCAACCAAUGAUUUACUGUUGUACGGAGUAUGAAGCGGGAAGGCUGGGCAGGUUCUUGUUUGAGACGUUGAAAAUGGCAUAUCACUGGAAGAGCGAUGAAUCAGUUUAUGAUCGAGAAUGUGGAAAUAUGCCUGGUUUUGCUGUUCUGUACAGAGAUCCGAACAGUCAACGGGUAACUUUCGCACAGUUUGUUCGGAUACAAUGGAAAUGGAGCUCCCGAUUAACGAAACUGCUAAUACACUGUCUGGAAUCUUCGGAGUAUAUGGAAAUACGUAACGCGCUUACUAUACUUACUAAAAUUUCUAGCGUCUUUCCAAUCACCAAGAAAACAGGCAUCAACAUAGAGAGACGGGUUAACAAAAUUAAAUUGGAUGACCGUGAAGAUCUUAAAGUUCUUGCUACGGGAGUGUCUGCUGCUCUGGCUAGUCGCAAGAAUGCAUGGAUGAGUGACGAGGAGUUCGGAAUGGGUUACAUUGACCUUAAACCCCCUCCUGUCCCCGCAAAAGCAGCACCAUCCUUGACUGAGCCGCAACAACAGCCUACUCCUGGCGUUGCUUCGAUGCCAGUGAGAUCAGAUGGGAAAGCAGCAGCUUCCAGGCCAGCUGUUCCAGCAGCUUCAACGGAGUUAAAGCAAGCUAGUCAGACCAAAAGCCGUAAACCCUCAAGCGAACCAGCAAAUGGUAUAGAUGCUCGAAGCACAGAGGUGCAUCAUUCCAAACAAGUUGCCGAAGAAGAGGCUCGUUUGCAACCUCGCAAGGCGACUCAAACAGCUGUGUCUACAAGAAGCAAGCCGGAACAGGUGCGAGACGAUCCGCCAAGUAAGACGCCAAAGGUGGAUACAAGCUCCAAUGCCGCAACUGUAGAGAAGGAAGCGGGUGCAUUCGAUACCAGCAGACGUAUGAGCAGCAGUUCUCACACGAAUGCGGGUGCUUCAUCCACUCGGUCACCGGUUGUCACAUCAUCUCGACCAGGAGCUCAGGACUUACCACCCAAGCCACGGAUUGAAACAACCUCCAGGUCUGCGGAACCGAAGGCUUCGAUUGAAAGGGAGAGGGACAGGCAGGAUGCUCACGAAGGAGCAAUGAGCAAUCACAUGGCAGCGUCAUCAAAAUCACCUUCGCACCGGGACGAUGGUGCGCACUUCCUUGACAAAGAUAGGCAGAUCAAACGAGCAGGCAGUAACGACGAGUCCGAACGAAAGCGAAGGAAAGCAGAGCCCGUUGAGAGAAAUGUGGAGGCUGGUGAGAUUCGUACAGGAGAAAGGUGGCUAGCUUCUGAAAGACCCCGGUCUGCGGAGCACGGGGGAUACGACGACCGUCCCAGCCUUGAGAAGGGGCGAGAGAGACCAGACCGAGAUUACAGGAUGGAGAGGUCCGACCGAGAUGACUAUGGCGAUAAGUUGUCGAGGGAUAGAUUAGUGCCCAGGGACAGGUCAGUAGAUAGAAGUUCGGAUAGAGCAGGCGAUUGGAAUUUUGACACUAGAAGCAGGGACGAGAGAAGCAACAAGGACGAGCGGCCCAGGCCCAGACACACUGACUCUGCUGGAGAACAGUCACAUGGUGACGACCGGUUUUCACAGGGCUUGCCUCCUCCGCCACCUCUCCCGCCCAACAUGGUACCGCAUUUGCUAUCGUCGGCUCCAGGAAGUAGACGAGAGGAAGAAGUCGAGAGGAGGAGAGCCAUGCAGCGUUUAUCUCCUCACAGGGACGAGAAGCGCAGAGCGGAUGAAGGCGGUAUGAUGCUCAUGGAUGAGAAGCGGAGGAGGGAUGAAGAUAACAGGGAGCGGAAGCGAGACGAGAGAGAACUUCUAGCGAUCAAGAUGGAGAAAGAACGUGAGCGCGAAAGAGAGAAGAUGGCGAUGGCAAAAGACGAGCUUGACGGGGCUGCUGGAUCCAAGCGCAGGAAACUCAAGCGGGAUCACAUCUCUGGAGAGGGAUUCUUACCGCCGCCUCCACCGCCGCCACCCCCCGCGGCAGCGUCGCAGCAGCAGUACGAGAGAAAGGCUGUGGUACCACAACAGGCCAGGAACGUUUACAUGGAGCCACCUCUCAAAGACGUUCCUUCCAAGCUUACUCGCCGCGACCACGAACAGAUGUAUGAUCGAGAGUGGGAGGAAGAAAAGAGGCAGCGCGCAGAGCUCAAGAGAAGACACCAUAGAAAGUAAACUCAAGGCCUACAGUUUUACGGUUUUAAACUACGGUGCGAUUACAAAAAUUGUUUUAGGGUAAAUGCACGUCGGGGGUUCGAUUC